GCCCCCGGGGGUCUGCUAGAAAAUACCAAUUACCAGCAACUACGGCGAGAGAGAGAGAGAGCGAGAGAGCAGAAAGGGACGAGGAAAGAGGACGGCUAGGGAGAGAGAGAGGCAGAGUUCUUCGGAAGGAAGGAGGGAGGGAGGGAGGGUUAUAAACAACUCCCAAAGUCCCUAGCAGAAGCGAAACGAAAAUCCCACAAGGCCGUUGCUUCCGUCAAUUCGAAGAUGAACGGCGGCCCAUCUGGUUUCCACAAUGCCCCCAUCACUAGAGCAUUCGUUAUUGCCUCUGCUCUCUUCACCGUCUUCUUUGGGAUCCGGGGUCGUUCGAACAAGCUGGGAUUGUCGUACCAGGAUGUUUUUAGCAAGCUUAAGCUUUGGAAGUUAAUUGUGUCAGUUUUUGCCUUUUCAUCUACACCAGAAUUGAUGUUUGGAUUGUAUCUGCUAUACUACUUCAGGGUAUUCGAAAGACAGAUAGGCUCCAAUAAAUACUCGGUGUUUAUUUUGUUCUCUGUAGUAGUUUCCUUGCUGUUUGAGGUUCUUGCCUUAUCGCUUCUUAAAGAUCCUGCCUUGAACUUAUUCACACCUGGACCUUAUGGCCUUAUAUUUUCUUCAUUUGUUCCCUUUUACUUUGACAUCCCGGUGUCAACGUGGUUCCGUGUAUUGGGCAUCCGUUUUUCUGACAAGUCUUUCAUAUAUUUAGCUGGUUUUCAGCUUCUUUUGUCAUCCUGGAAAAGAUCCAUCAUACCAGGGAUAUGUGGCAUCCUUGCUGGUUCUCUAUAUCGUCUUAAUGUUUUCCACAUACGCAGGGUGAAGUUCCCCGAGUUCAUUACCUCAUUCUUUUCCCGGUUUUCUUUACCAUCUACGGGAAGUCAAUCUGCUCCAGCACCAACAAGAAAUGUUCUGGGAAAUUUACCAUCCCAUGCAGGUCGCCGAGUUGAGGGAAGCUACCCUUCUUCAAUGGCAUCCAGUAUAGAGCCACCAGAGGAUUCCAUUGCGACACUGGUAUCUAUGGGCUUUGAUAGGAACUCUGCGAGACAAGCACUUGUGCAUGCUAGAAAUGAUAUCAAUGCUGCAACAAACAUCCUUCUCGAAGCACAGUCCCACUGAUUCAAUGAAGAUUUUUCGGGAAAAAAGAAGUGUGAAUUGCUUUGAAGUGAGAGAUGGAAUCCCAUUUCUUCAUAGAGAUGGCCAUCGGAUAUUUCUUGCACGUGAUUGAUCUUGUUUAGGAACUAAUUGAGGCACCCAUGGCAUGUUUCUUCACAGCUUCUCCCUUUGUUUCUGUCCCGGUUUAUUUCAAGUUCCCCUAUAACUAUCCAUAGACUGAUCACAGUUCUGAAGAUUAGGAACCUGUACAAUUAUUUAUGCCAUACUAAAAUUGCGAAUCUUCAUUUGAAGGAAACUUGAAUGUGUAUAGUAGUAGUAGUAGUAGUAUUGGUUCUCUUUAAGCCUGCAGAUUUUUCAAGCAGGUCUGAACAGAUUAUGUAUGCCAACAUGGUUAUAGAACUGUUUGAUUCCUGACUGA